GAAGGGGGCAGAUGCCCGUCGGGUUGAACUCGUGCUAGCUGAAAGCUGAAGCGUGGUCCCCAGCCUGUGUGGAGGGGAACAGGAUGCGGGUCACCAUGAGGAGGGUGUUGCUGGUGGUGGGCUCGGUGGUCGCCCUGAUGGUGACUCUGCACCUCGGCCAGCAGGUCCUGGAGUGCCAGCAGGUCCUGAGCGAGAGGAGGCACAGGCUGAUGAGACCCGAGAAUGAGGAGCUGGUCAUGAUGGACUCCAACCACGUGGAGUACCGUUACAGCAAGGAGAUGCCCCUGAUAUUCAUCGGCGGGGUCCCACGGAGCGGCACGACUCUGAUGAGGGCCAUGCUCGACGCCCACCCCGAGGUGCGCUGCGGGGAGGAGACCCGCAUCAUCCCCCGCGUGCUGGCCAUGCGGCAGGCCUGGUCCAAGUCGGGGCGAGAGAAGAUGCGCCUGGACGUGGCGGGGGUGACGGACCAAGUGCUGGACGCAGCCAUGCAGGCCUUUAUCCUGGAAGUGAUCGCCAAGCACGGGGAGCCGGCCAGGUAUUUGUGCAACAAGGACCCCUUCACGCUGAAGUCCUCCGUCUACCUGUCCCGGCUGUUCCCCAAUUCCAAAUUCCUCCUGAUGGUUCGAGACGGCCGAGCUUCCGUCCACUCCAUGAUCACGCGGAAAGUGACGAUCGCGGGCUUCGACCUGAACAGCUACCGGGACUGCCUGACCAAGUGGAACAAAGCCAUCGAGGUGAUGUACUCCCAGUGCUUGGAGAUCGGGCGGGCUCGCUGCCUGCCCGUCUACUACGAGCAGCUGGUGCUGCACCCCGAGCAGUCCAUGCACGCCAUCAUGAAGUUCCUGGACAUCUCCUGGAGCGACACGGUGCUGCACCACGAGGAGCUCAUAGGGAAGCCUGGCGGGGUUUCGCUUUCCAAGAUAGAAAGGUCAACAGACCAAGUUAUCAAGCCGGUAAACUUGGAGGCAUUAUCUAAAUGGAUCGGGCACAUCCCGGGGGAUGUGCUGCAGGACAUGGCCCACAUCGCACCGAUGCUCGCCCGGCUCGGCUACGACCCCUACGCCAACCCCCCCAACUACGGCCACCCCGACCCCUUGGUCGUCAACAACACGCACAGGGUUUUAAAGGGGGAUUAUAAAACGCCAGCCAAUUUGAAAGGUCAUCUGCAGGUGACUCAGAACACAUCAUCUUCUCACUAAGAAAAUUAAUGAUUUCCAGAAUGCUGCAAAUGGCCUCUUGUUCUCCGACAAAGAAGAGUUUGCAACGGGCACCAGUGGAAAUCGGUUAUCCAAGCAUAUUGCUUGCUAAAUACUAUUGCCAAAACGACUGCUCUACGAGGAAUGUAUUUGCAUUUCUUUGCAAAGGCCAAACGUUUUACCCGGACGCCCCUCGGACGCCCCUCGUC